AUGCUUCCCCUACCCAGUGGAACACGACACAAGCCUCGUUACGCGCCCGUCGGCGCCUACAGCUCGUACUCGUCACCUCUAACCGGCAGUGUUAUGGGUGUACUCCGCACACGCUCUCGCUUAACCAACCUAGCGGUCGCGCUCAUCCUGCUCUUUCUCUCCCUAUCCCUGCUAGCCAACUUGCGGUCUUUAGCUUCCGGGCCGCCCCACCCGCAUUUCAGAUGGCAUGCGGCGUGGGAUGAGCUAGCAGACGCAGACAUCCUCGACAGCGGCAGGCCACCAAGCGUCGAGACGACGAUCAAGCGCGACCCACGAAUGGUAGAGGUCGAUCACCUCAUCCUAGUCCCAGGUCACGCGGUGUGGCUGGGUUCCGACGUCGGACAGGUAGGAGAAGACGGCGAGUGGGUGCUGGAGGGGAUGCAGAAGGGCGGGAGCGUGGGCACGUACAUCAAGCAUAUUGAGAAGGGAGCCAACAUGGCCGCAGACGACCCAAACUCGCUUUUGGUAUUCUCAGGUGGCGCAACACGCGUACAGCUCACGUCGCCGCUCUCGGAAGGAGCAUCGUACCACCGAUUGGCCGCCGCCAAGGGUCUUCUCGACACUACCGGGUCCAGCACACAUCUCCCCCUCUCGGCUCGCGCGACAACAGAGGAAUUUGCACUUGACAGCUACGAGAACCUCCUCUUCUCCAUGGCGCGCUUCCGGGAAGUCACCGGCCACUGGCCAUCACAGGUCACAGUCGUCGGCUACGGGAUGAAGCAACACCGCUUUGAGCAGCUGCACCGCGGCGCGAUCCGUUUCCCCGCGGACCGGUUCAGCUACGUCGGCAUUGACGACAUGGGCGACACGAGAGCGCACUAUGAGGGCGAGCUCAAGUACGGCUACGCGCCAUUCCUCUUUGCGCCAUCCGGGUGCCGGCCACCACUCGCAACCAAGCGCGCCAACCGCAACCCCUUUGCUCGCUACCCACCCUAUCACUCUAGCACGCCCGAGCUGGCGGCACUCCUCGAGUGGUGCCCGCCCAGUACACCCAUCGGGGACGUCGCUGUGCCCACAACGCUGGGCGAGAGCGAGGGGAUGGAGCCGCCAGCCGGAUUUGUCGUGUACGACGGCAAGCUGCCGUGGGACGGGCUGAAGCGGUGGAACCGUGAGCGGGACUAG